CAGCAGCUGGAGCGCGCGCGGAGGCGUACUGUCCUGGGCGCUCGGAGUGUUAUUUAUUUGCGUGCGCGGGCGCGCGCUGUCCGGGCUGGGCGGGCGGAGCGGGCUUAGACUGCUCCGCGGUUCUGAGGCGAGGAGGGGGAGUUACCAAGUGGACGCUGAUGCUGUAUUUCUGGCCUGAAGGGGCGAGGGAGCGGAAGCUGAUGGUUGACAGCUUAGAGAAAAAUUUGAGAGAGGAUGGAUGCAAAAGCUCGAAACUGUUUGCUUCAACAUAGAGAAGCCCUGGAAAAGGACAUUAAAACGUCCUACAUCAUGGAUUGUAUGAUUAAUGAUGGAGUUUUAACAGUAUCAGAGGAGGAAAAAGUAAAAAAUGAGCCCACUCAGCAGCAACGAGCAGCUCUCCUAAUUAAAAUGAUACUUAAAAAAGAUAAUGAUUCCUACAUAUCAUUCUACAAUGCUCUAAUACAUGAAGGGUAUAAAGAUCUUGCUGGCCUUCUUCAUGGUGGCAUUCCUGUCAUCUCUUCUUCGAAUGGUGGCAAAGAUUCAGUUGGUGGAAUAACUUCAUAUGUAAGGACAGUCCUGUGUGAAGGUGGAGUGCCACAGAGGCCGGUGGUCUUUGUUACUAGGAAGAAACUGGUGAACUCAAUUCAGCAGAACCUCUUCAAACUAAAUGGUGAACCAGGAUGGGUCAUCAUAUACGGAAUGGCAGGUUGUGGGAAGUCUGUUUUAGCUGCAGAAACUGUUCGAGAUCAUUCUUUCUUAGAUGGUUGUUUCCCAGGGGGUGUGCACUGGGUUUCAGUUGGGAAACAAGACAAGUCUGGGCUUCUGAUGAAACUGCAGAAUCUUUGCGCACGGUUGGAUCAGGAUGAGAGUUUCUCCCAGAGGCUUCCACUCAAUAUUGAAGAGGCUAAAGACCGCCUUCGCAUUCUGAUGCUGCGUAAACACCCACGGUCUCUGUUGAUCUUGGAUGAUGUUUGGGAUCCUUGGGUAUUAAAAGCUUUUGACAAUCAGUGUCAGAUUCUUAUUACAACCAGAGACAAGAGUGUUACAGAUUCAGUAAUGGGCCCUAAAUAUGUAGUCUCUGUGGAGAGUGGCUUAGGAAAAGAAAAAGGACUUGAAAUUUUAUCCCUUUUUGUUAAUAUGAAGAAAGCAGAUUUGCCAGAACAAGCUCACAGUAUUAUAAAAGAAUGUAAAGGUUCUCCUCUUGUAGUGUCUUUAAUUGGUGCACUUUUACGUGAUUUUCCCAACCGUUGGGAUUACUACCUUAGGCAACUUCAGAAUAAGCAAUUUAAGAGAAUAAGGAAAUCUUCAUUUUAUGAUUAUGAGGCUCUGGAUGAAGCCAUGUCUAUAAGUGUUGAAAUGCUCAGAGAGGACAUCAAAGAUUAUUAUACAGAUCUUUCCAUCCUUCAAAAGGAUGUUAAGGUGCCUACAAAGGUGUUAUGUAUUCUCUGGGACAUGGAAACUGAAGAAGUUGAAGACAUACUGCAGGAGUUUGUUAAUAAGUCUCUCUUAUUCUGUGAUCGGAAUGGAAAAUCAUUUUGUUAUUAUUUACAUGAUCUUCAAGUAGAUUUCCUUAUAGAAAAGAAUCGCAACCAGCUUCAGGAUCUACAUAAGAAGUUAGUCACUCAGUUCCAGAGACAUCACCAGCCACAUACUCUUUCACCAGAUCAGGAGGACUGCAUGUAUUGGUACAAUUUUCUGGCUUACCACAUGGCUAGUGCUAACAUGCACAAAGAACUUUGUGCUUUAAUGUUUUCCCUGGAUUGGAUUAAAGCAAAAACUGAACUCGUAGGCCCUGCCCAUCUGAUUCAUGAGUUUGUGGAAUAUAGGCAUAUAUUGGAUGAAAAGGAUUGUGCAGUCUGUGAAAAUUUCCAAGAGUUUUUAUCAUUAAAUGGACACCUUCUUGGACGACAGCCAUUUCCUAAUAUUGUUCAACUGGGUCUCUGUGAACCAGAAACUUCAGAAGUUUAUCAGCAAGCUAAGCUGCAGGCCAAGCAGGAGGUCGAUAAUGGAAUGCUUUACCUGGAGUGGAUAAACAAAAAAAACAACAAGAAUCUUUCCCGCUUAGUUGUCCGCCCCCAUACAGAUGCUGUUUACCAUGCUUGCUUUUCUGAGGAUGGUCAAAGAAUAGCUUCUUGUGGAGUUGAUAAAACCUUACAGGUGUUCAAAGCUGAAACAGGAGAGAAACUUCUGGAAAUCAAGGCUCAUGAGGAUGAAGUGCUUUGUUGUGCAUUCUCUGCAGAUGACAGAUUCAUAGCAACCUGCUCAGUGGAUAAAAAAGUGAAGAUUUGGAAUUCUAUGACUGGGGAACUAGUACAUAUCUAUGAUGAGCACUCAGAGCAAGUCAAUUGCUGCCACUUUACCAACAACAGUCAUCACCUUCUCUUAGCCACUGCGUCAAGUGACUGUUUCCUCAAACUGUGGGAUUUGACCCAAAAAGAGUGUCGAAAUACCAUGUUUGGCCACACAAAUUCAGUCAAUCACUGCAGAUUUUCACCAGAUGAUAAACUUUUGGCUAGUUGUUCAGCUGAUGGAACAUUAAAGCUUUGGGAUGUGAAAUCAGCAAACGAGAGGGAAAGCAUUAAUGUGAAGCAAUUCUUCCUAAAUUCAGAGGAGCCUCAAGAGGAUAUGGAAGUGAUAGUGAAAUGUUGUUCAUGGUCUGCUGAUGGUGCUAGGAUAAUGGUGGCAGCAAAAAAUAAGAUCUUUCUUUUUGACAUUCAUGCCAGUGGCCUGUUGGCAGAAAUCCAUACAGGCCAUCAUAGCACCAUCCAGUACUGUGACUUCUCCCCACAAAAUCACUUGGCAGUGGUGGCUUUAUCCCAGUGCUGUGUAGAGUUGUGGAAUAUGGACUCAUGUUUAAAAGUGGCUGACUGCAGAGGACAUUUAAGUUGGGUUCAUUGUGUGAUGUUUUCUCCUGAUGGAUCAUCAUUUUUGACAUCUUCUGAUGACCAGACAAUCAGGCUCUGGGAGACAAAGAAAGUAUGUGAGAACUCUGCUAUAGUGUUAAAGCAAGAAAUAGAUGUUGUGUUUCAAGAAAAUGAAGUGAUGGUUCUUGCAGUUGACAAUGUAAGACAUCUGCAGCUCAUUAAUGGAAAAACAGGUCAGACUGAUUAUCUGACAGAAGCUCAAGUUAGUUGCUGUUGCUUAAGUCCACAUCUUGAGUACAUUGCAUUUGGAGGCGAAGAUGGAGCCAUUGAGAUUUUAGAACUCCUAAACAACAGAAUCUUCCAAUCCAGGAUUGGGCACAAGAAAACUGUACGGCACAUCCAGUUCACAGAUGAUGGGAAAACUCUUAUUUCAAGCUCUGAUGAUUCUUCAAUUCAGGUGUGGAAUUGGCAAUCAGAGGAAUAUGUCUUUCUACAAGCCCAUCAGGAAACAGUGAAAGACUUUAGGCUCUUGAAAAAUUCAAGACUGCUUUCCUGGUCAUUUGAUGGAACAGUGAAGGUGUGGAGUAUUAUUACUGGAAGAAUAGAAAAAGAUUUUGUCUGUCACCAAGAUACAGUACUUUCUUGUGAUAUUUCUCCUGAUGCUACUAAGUUUUCAUCUACAUCUGCUGACAAGACUGCAAAGAUUUGGAGUUUUGAACUUCUUUCCCCUCUUCAUGAGCUGAGGGGCCACAAAGGCUGUGUGCGCUGCUCUGCCUUCUCUGUGGACAGUACCCUGUUGGCGACUGGAGAUGACAAUGGAGAAAUCAGGAUAUGGAAUGUCUCAAAUGGUGAGCUGCUUCAUUUAUGCGCUCCGAUUUCAGUAGAAGAAGGAGCUGCUACCCAUGGAGGCUGGGUGACUGACCUUUGCUUUUCACCAGAUAGCAAAAUGCUUGUCUCUGCUGGAGGAUAUCUUAAGUGGUGGAGUGUUGACACUGGGGAAUCCUCACAGACCUUCUACACAAAUGGAACCAAUCUUAAGAAAAUACACGUGUCUCCUGACUUCAAAACAUAUGUGACUGUUGAUAAUCUUGGUAUUUUAUAUAUUUUACAGAUGUUAGAGUAAAGUAGUUAAGGAAUAAUGUAGUUGAACUCUUUAAUUUUGAAUUGGAAAAAAAUUCUAUUGAAACUUCUGUAUUUCAACUUUUUAUAAAGCUGUGAAUUGUUUUGCAGUACUGCAUUCAUUAUGAAAGUGUUUGUGGUUGGGUGAAUAAUAUUAAUGUAGCCUUUUCCCAAACGAACACACCUUUAAUCUUGUUUUUCAUAAUCAUCAUCAUUAUUGUUAACAGUUUGUCCUUAAGAUGCAAAUGAAAAUGUAAAUAUGUACCUUGUUAUACUGUUGGUAAAAUUCUCUCUUGAUGCAUUCAAAUUGGUUGACAUAAUUAAUGAGAAUAAUUUGAAGGAAAUAUGUAUUUUAAUGCUAUUAUUAUGCAGGCUGUGCCUCAGGGUAGCAGGCCUGCUUUCUGAACCACAUUACCCCAAGGGGUAUAGUUCUCCCAAUUACAAUCUUGAAGCUUAUUUGCACCCCUUAAAUUUGCUUUAAAAAUAUUAUGUUUGUGUGCAUAGUUUGCAGCAUUUCCUUAAAUUCACUAGAUAAGUGAGUGUUGGAUUUCAAAAGUUCUUGUGAAGCAAAAAUCAUAGGACUACCUUUUUCUCACUAGCUAAUGGCAGCCCUGUGCUGCCACUGGACUCUAGUUGUCAAUCUUUGAGUUGGGUGCUGUCUUGCUUGCUCUGGUUUUUAACCAGACUUGUUACUUGACUGAACUUGACCUUCCUUUAUAAAAUUUUUUUUUUUAUUUCAAGAGAGUGAGAGAGAGAGCCAGCGAGCAUAUGCACAUGUGUGUGUGUAGGGGAGGAGCAGAGAGACAGGGAGAGAGAGAAUCCCAAGCAGGCUCCACACUUAGCACAGAGCCUGAUGCAGGCGCUCAGUCCCAUGAAUUGUGAGAUCAUGAUCUGAGCUGAAAUCAAGAGUCGUCACUUAACCAAUUGAGCCACCCAGACACCCCUGAACUCGACGUUGCUUAAUCCUCAACUUUCUUCUUUUCUUUUUUUACAGUUGAAUUUUUGUAAAUUAGAAUAAUUGGAGAGGACCAAUUUUCAUUAUGUUCUAGCAGAAUUUUUCUAAGAAAUAUAAAAUAGUAAAAAAUCAUUUUCUUCUAAGUCUGCUUACUCAGAUGAAUGGCAUCUGUUUACUCAGAUGAAUUUCGAGAGAAUUCUCUAUGCUUUUCUAUGUAGUAACAGAAGAGUCCUCGUGAAUCUGGAAACUGGUCUGUCUUCCAACUGGUAUUCUUCUCUCUUUUGUUCCCUUUCUUCCUCCCUCUUUCCCUCCCUCCUUCCCUCCCUCCCUCCAAGGUUAAUCAGGAAAGGUAGCUCUUAACAGAGAAAAAGUAUAUCAGCAUCAGUAACUAGCUUUUUUGACUUCCUGAUUAGGAAUUUUAAUUGCAUUAAAGCUGCAUUUUUGCCUGACAAUACAUUAUUAAGGGAAAUGGCAAUAAAUUAAUAGAUGUGGUUCACAUAAGAAUAACCAAAAUUCAAGAAUUUUGCUGCUGCAGCAGAAAGUAAAUCAAAUGAAUAUUAGUGUUAACAGGUAAGCAGUGAGCCAGUUUCUGUUGUUGGUGUGUAUUAGAUGUGGUAUAGAUAGGGGGCCUAGACCACUCCGGAUGUAUUUUAGAUUAGAUAUUACUAUUUAGCAUUUGAGGCAGUCAUAAGUAUAACGAAUACAAUCUUUUACAUUGUUAAGGAGGUUCAGCUGUUUGGUUUUUUAUGAUGGGUUGAGGUACUAAUUUAUAGGCUUACUGUGAUUUCAGCAAAUGUGAUGUGAAGAUCUUAAUUUUAUGAAAAAAAUUAUGUAAAUGAUGUACUUAGAGUAAACCAUAGUUUGAUUUGCAUACAAUGUUUAGAAACUAUAGCUCAGACUAUAACGUAUUAACUUUUGGAAUUAAAAGCCACUUGACUGUUAAACUAUAGAACAGACAUUUGGCUUUUACCUUUGAUUGGCCCUUGUCUUCAAAUAAAAAGAAAAGUGGGAAGAAAAGGUAAUGACAAAAAGGCAAUAUCAAAAAGAUGAGAAGACAAGGUAACUUGAGGGAAGAAGAGAAACCCAAUAUGAGGGAGAUAUAUGUUUCAUGGCAGCUCAAGUAGUCAGUCAAGGGGAGGAUUUUGUUUUGUACUUGCAGAUGAGCAUUUUCAAGCAUUUUCCCUUGCUUUGUUUUUUGUAAUGGAAAUUACAUUGCAUUUUGUAUAUAUAAGGAUUUUUUUUUACAUUGUAUGUGUCUUGUAUGGUUUGAAAAUUCUUAGUUUUAUAUUUAUGAUACAAGUCACACAAUUUCUUUUGCCUUGGUAUACAUUUUAAUACAUGAAUUAAAAAAUUUUAUAAAAAAUAAAAUUCCUAAAAUAUUUUUGAAAAACAUUUUCAGAUUAUUUCAGGCUCCUUGUCCUUUGUUGGUUAGAAAACAGAUGUGAAAGAUUCUUCAAACUAAAGCUACCAUUCUUUCUAUUGCUUUAUCAACUAUGUCUAAUUCAAUUUUAUUAAAGUUUUAUCUCCUCAGUUUAUCUCUGAUGAUUGCUACCUGGUGUGGCUGUCAUGGUGCAUGGUGAAGAUCCUGUAAAGAAGAGAAUUAAUUAAUUUUUUUUCAUUCAGUAAAUACUUAUUGAGAUCUACCAUAUCUGGCAUUUUUGUAGAAAUUAGGUAUAUAAAAGUGAGCAGAAAAAAAAAGUGAGUCUUUGCCCUACUUCAGUUCAGAGCCAGGGAGAGGCAGACAAAAAGUAAAAUCUAUAGUGUAUUAUAGUAUGUAUAUAUGGUAUGUAUAAAUGAGGGGUUGGGAGCGUUACAGUUUUAGGUGGAGUUGCUCACUGAGAAGGUGACACUUGAGUACAGACCUGAAAGAUGGAGGAGUGAGUCAUACAGGAAUCUGGAGAGAUUCCCAAGCAGAGUGCACUAGGCACAAAGACAGAAUAGUGGAUGGGUUGGUCUGUUACAGAGCUGGCAAGAGGCUGGUGUGGCUGGCAAAGACUAUGUGAGGGGAGUGUAACAAGAGGUGCAUCACCAUGUAGGGCCUCCUAGGCCAGUGUAAGUACUUUUACUUUGAGAUAGGACCUACUGGAGGAGUUUGGGUAGUGGAGUGAUCUGACUUAAGCUUUAUUUUCUUUUAUUUUUUAGAGAGAGUGUGAGCAGGAGAGAGGGGAAGAAAGAGAAAGAGAAUUUUAAGUUUGUUUGUUUAUUUAGAGAGGCAGACAAAGAGGGAGAGCAAAAAUCCCAAGCAGGUCCCAUGCUGUCAGUGCAGAACUCAGCAUGGGGCUCAAACUCACAAACUGUGAGAUCAUGGCCUGAGCUGAAAUCAAGAGUUGGAUGCUUAACCAACUGAGCCAUCUAGGUGCCCUGAGAGAGGGAGAGGGGGAGAGAGACAGAGAGAAAAUCUUAAUUAUGCUCCAUGCUCAGCAUGGAGUCUGAUGCAAGGCUUGAUCCCACGACCCUGGAAUCAUGACCUGAGCCAACAUCAAGAGUCAGAUGCUUGGGGCGCCUGGGUGGCUCAGUCGGUUAAACGUCCCACUUCGGCUCAGGUCAUGAUCUCAUGGUCCGUGGGUUCGAGCCCCGCGUCGGGCACUGUGCUGACAGCUCAGAGCCUGGAGCCUGUUUCAGAUUCUGUGUCUCCCUCUUUCUCUGACCCUCCCCUGUUCAUGCUUUCUCUCUGUCUCAAAAAUAAAUGUUAAAAAAAAAAAAAUUAAAAAGGAGAGUCAGAUGCUUAACUGACUAAGCCACCCCCGUACCCCAAGAUUUAAUUGGUUCCUCUGGCAGUGGAAACCAAUUGAGAAUUGGUUGUAAAGGGGCACAGACAAGGGUGAAAGCAGGGAUACCAGUGAGAAGCUUGCGCAAUAAUUCGGGUAAAAUGAAGGCAGCCAGACGAGGGUGGCAGCAGUAGGGGUUGUGACAGUUGGAUUUUGGAUAUAUUUUAAAGAUAAUAGGAUUUGCCAGUGGAUUGGAUAAAAGUUGUGAGAAAGACAAGAAUGAUACCAAGGUUUUAGCCACUUUGGCUUGAGCUAUGGGAAGAUUAGAAUUGCCUUUAAUGGAGAUGAAAACGAUUAUGAAAGGAGCAGGGUUUUGGACAUAGCAAGUUUGAGAUGGCCAUUAGGCAUCCAAGUGGGGAUGUUGAUUGAGUAUUGGUGGUCAAAUAAAAGGGUCUGGAGUUCAUGGGAAAAAUCUGUGAUGCAGAUACAAAUCUGAGAGUUAUCAGUGACUUUAAAUACAUCAAAUGUAUUUAAAACCACAGGAUCAGAUGAGAUCAGCAGUGAAACAGGUAUUGAUAGACAAGACUGGAGUCCUAAGCUGGAGUCCAGGACAGUGUGAGGUUGGUGAGAUGAAGGACCAGCACAGGAGACUGAGAAGGACCAGAAAGACUAAGAAUUGCAGCUUGAUGUGGUAAGUAUAGUGAAUGCAGUGGGCAUGGGUCUCUUAAUGUGGUCUUGGGCAAAAUUUCUUUAGUGGUUUGUCUGUUCAGCCACCGGCCUAUCCUGAAUGGCUUCGGUAUCUAGUGUGUGCCAAGAACUAUUUUAAGCAGCAGCCAAGGCAAUAAAGAAAUACAUUUUAGUUGUUGGGAGAGAUUGAGGACAAUGGAUAAUAUGAAAAAAAAAAUAUCAGCAGUUGUCUUAUAUGUAAAAUAGGUAUCUGUUCUUCCUUCUCAUGGUUGUCAUAAAGAUUUAAUAAGGUAAUGCUCAUGAGGUACUUACCUCCAUGCUUGGAUGAAGAAAGUGCUCAAUGAACAUUUCUUGGUGUUAUUCGGGUCUUGUCAUCUUUGGCCUGGCAACAGUUCCCUGACUGCUGUCUCUUGUGCCACUCUGCUUUAUUUUUCCAAAGUGCUCAUUUUAAUCUUGUCGCUUCUCUUUAAAACCCUGGACCUGCUCUGUGCUCUCUUGCUUCUUUGUAUAUGCUGUUCUCUCUCUUAUACUGCCUUUCUCCAGCCUAAUUUUUUUCCCUAAUUCCUUCUUAUCCUUCAUAUAUUUUGAGAUGACCCUUCUGCUGAAGGUUUGCCUUGCCCUCUCAUAGUGCCUUCUUUUCUCCGCCAUGACUUUUUAUCACCCUGUAUUGUUUACUUAUUGGAGUCCCCGAUUAGGUCAUAAGCUCCAUGAAGCCAGGUCUGUGUCUUUUACACCACAUUUAACAUAAGCCUGGCUCCAGUUGGAGCCUCAGUAAAUAGUUGUUGAAUGAUUGAAAUUCUUGUAUAUACGGUUGCAUGUCCAGAGCACAUUCUCUGUCCUCCCUCUGCGCCAGGAUAUCAAGAGGCUAAUUAAAAAGUAGCAUGUCACUAGCAUUUUCUUUAUCUUUCUGUUUUAGUUUGGCAUUUUAUUGUGAAGCAUCGUUAGAGGAAGGUAAAACUUCACUUGAAUAAAAGAUUUGCUCCUAGAUUAUAUGAAAUGAAUAAACAUUUCCCUGAAGUGUUUAAGUUGGUAAGUAUGGCAAUCUAUUAUUCAACAUUAUGUUAUUAUAAUUUACUUACCGGCCUUUUGAGAAGGAGAAAAUGAUUUUCGAAUAAUUCUUGGUCUCUGAAGAUUGUCACUUGAAUAGAUUUCCUUGCUCAUAACCCCUGCCCUUAAGACCAUGGAGAUACUAUACAGUUAUUUAAAUGCCGGAAUUAGAAUAUCAA